AGAAAGGGUUUAUUCAGCUUACAUUUACACAUUACUGUUUAUUACAAAAGGAAGUCAGAACUGGAACUCAAGCAGGUCAGGAAGCAUGAGCUGAUACAGAGGCUAUGGAGGGAUGUUACUUACUGGCUUGCUUGCCCUGGCUUGCUCAGCUUGCUUUCUUGUAGAACCCAAGACUAUCAGCCUGUAGAUGGUACCACCCACAAUGGGCCCUCCCACCCUUGAUCAUUACUUGAAAAAAUGUCGUACAGCUGGAUCUCAUGGAGGCAUUUCUUAAAUGGAGGCUCCUUUCUCUGCUAUAACUCCAGCUUGUGUCAAGAUGGCAUAAAGAAACAGCCAAUAUAGGUGUGUACCACCAUGCCCAAAUUUAAACUUAUCUUCAUCUAGAACCUAAUCUGUUUGAGGCUGUCCUUGAAUGCAAAGAUCUGCUUAGUUUUGCCUCCUGGGACUAAAGGCUUAUACUACCAUGUCUGGAUCUAACUUAGCUAGGUGGGACUUGCCCUAAGGUCACCACUCCCUUAAUUCAAUUUAAUAUUCUUGAACACAGUAUUCAGCUCUAUUUGAUUUCCUGGUGUCCCUUUAAUACUCAAACUACAUAUUUUAUAUUUUUUCUUUCUAAACUUGCUAUGCUUGUUCAAAAUGCUCUUCAUGAGAUUUUCCCAGAGAACAGUCUCUGCUGAGCUUUUUUGAAAUUUCCUUUGUUAAUGCAAUUAAUAUAAAUCACUUUACCUUAGCCUUAGCUAGACCUUUCAGACAAGGGCAAAAAGCAGUCACAUGCUUCACCAAAAUAUCACAGAAACAGUCUCUAGGCCACAUAUUGAAAUUCUCCACUUAAACUUCUUGAGCUAGGUCUACACAGUUCAAAUUACUCUUAGCAACGAAGUCUUCUAUAUUCCUACUAGGAUAGUCCAUUAAGCACCACUUUAAGCAUUCACUGCUUUCCAAAUUCAAACUCCCCAAAACCACAUUCUUUCAAACAAAAGUGUGGUCAGGCCUAUCACAGCAAUACCCAAGUCCCUUAGACCAAUUUUUGUCUUAGAGUUUUACAGACACCAUGACCAAGGCAACUCUUACAAGCACAACAUUUAAUUGGGGCUGCCUUACAGGUUCAGAGGUUCAGUCUGUUAUCAUGAAGGCAGGAACAUAACAGCAUCCGGGCAGGCAUUGUGCAGGAGAAGCUGAGAGUUCUACAUCUUCAUCUGAAGGCUGCUAGCAUUAUACUGGCUUCCAGGCAGCCUAGGAGUAGGGUCUUAAAGCCCAUGCCCAGAGUGACACACCUACUCCAACAAGGCCACACCCACUUCAACAAGGUCAUACCUACUCCAACUAGGGCACUUCCAAAUAGAGUUACUUCCUAAGCCAAGCAUAUACCAAUUAUCAUACUAACCCACCUUCAAAAUUUGUAACCCGGAAUUCUUCCUGUCUUAAAGAACAGGGACAAAAGUGGUCUAGAGACUGAAGGAAUGACUAACCAGUGACCAGGUCAACUUGGUAUCUAUCCCAUCUGCAGGUACCAAACUAUGACACUAUUACUGCUGCCAUGUUGUGCUUACAGGCAGGAGCCUAGCCUGGCUGUCCUCUGAGAGACUUUACCAGCAGCUGACUGAGACAGGUGCAGAUACUUACAGCCAACCGUUGGACUGAAGUCCGGGUGGAGGUGGGGCUAUGGAAGAGUUAUUGGAAGGAUUGAAGGAGCUGAGUGGGAUGGCAACCCCAUAGGAAGAUCAACAGUGUCAACUAACUCAAACCCCUAUGAGCUCCCAAAGACUAAGUCACCAACCAAUGAGCAUACACAGGCUGUUUGUCCUGAGGUCCCUGGCACAUAUGUAGCAGAGGACUGCCUUGCCUGGCCUCAGCUGGAGCGGAUGUACCUCAUCCUGUAGAGACUUGAUGCCCCAGUGAAGAGGGAUAUUUGAGGAGAGAGGGGGAGAUGGGAGGAAGAGCACUCUCUCAGAGCAAAGGGGAGGCAGAAUGGGAUGAAGAAUUCUGGGAGGUGGGAGAACAUCUGUAAUAUAAGUAAAUAAAAUAAUUAAUAUAAUAAUAGUAAAGAAUUAGAGGCAACUUGUAAAGCAAGUGGGAUGUGGGAGAAGGCUGAGCAUGGGAGUAGGAGUGCAAAAGGAAAAAGAGUGUGAUCUUUAAUAAAAGGGAAGCUCUUGCAGCCUGGGAGGUUCGGUAGAGCAGAGUAGUAGCCUGUGUAUCUGCCUUGACUCAGGGUCAGGGGAGAGCCCCUGGGUGUUGCUAAGACCUAGGUGUGUGUGUGUGUGUGUGUGUGUGUGUGUGUGUCUGUGUGUCUGUGUGUGUGUCUGUGUGUGUGAGUGUGUGUCUGUGUGUGUGUGUCUGUGUGUGUGUCUGUGUGUGUGUCUGUGUGUGUGUCUGUGUGUGUGAGUGUGUGUCUGUGUGUGUGUGUCUGUGUGUGUGUCUGUGUGUGAGUGUGUGUGUGUCUGUGUGUGUGAGUGUGUGUCUGUGUGUGUGUGUCUGUGUGUGUUUGUGUGAGUGUGUGUGUGUUUGUGUGUGUUUGUGUGAGUGUGUGUGUGUUUGUGUCUGUGUGUGUGUGUCUGUGUGUGUGAGUGUGUGUGUGUCUGUGUGUGUGUCUGUGUCUGUGUGUGUGUGUCUGUGUGUGUGUUUUUGUGUGUGUGUCUCUGUGUGUAUGUUUGUGUGUGUGUGUCUGUGUGUGUGUGUGUGUCUUGGGGGGGGGGCGUGGGCAGAAGUAUAUACUCACUCCUUUAGUACCUAGGCUGGAGCCAAGGCAAGGUAAUACCUUCAAGUCCUGUAGGUCCAGAAAUCCAGGGAAGCCACUAUUUAGAUUUUGACAGGCACAGGUUAGUUCCUCCCUCUCUCUUUACUUCUGUCCUUCCCUUUCUUCCUGGUAUAUUUCCUCUAUGAAUUUCCCAUGAUAGACAUGUCUGUGGGUGUCUAAUCUGUAGUGUACCCUUACUUUCUGACACAAGGACCUCCUGAUUAGGAGCAGCUGUGUGGCCACUUCCCUGACUGGAAAAACUGGACAGAUAGGAAACAAGAGGCCACUUUGACAGGAGUUUAAUAUGUACUCAAAUCCUUUUUCCUGUAUUCAAUUUGUAGUUGAAAAUUCUCUAAAACUAUUUCAAGUACUGCCACCAUUUCUUCGAAGAGCUUGUCAUGUUGGGUCUGUCUAGUAAUGUCCACCUCCUCUUAAGAGUUCCCGUGCACAGCUCAAGCCACCACUGUUUGUCCAGAAGCCCACCCUGUACCCCACAGGUGACCCAGUUUCCAGGAAUCCUUUCUCACAGAAAUUCUUUGUCACGUGGUUCACUACUGCAGCAUCCUUUGCUUCUUCCUCACUUUUGCUGGCUCUAAUCUGCUCUCCCCACUCCCAUUCCCAAGCCCGUGUGGGCACAAGAAUCAUAUGUGGGUCACAUGACUUCCUUAGGACAUUCUGCGGGGUCCUUAUACAAGUAGGUGUGUGCGGAGACUCACCAGCUCAGGAGCAGCCAUGGGCACAGCCUUCUCUUUUUCAGGCUCACAGCUCCUCUUACAGGCCUGACAUCAAGAGAAAUCGGUUUGCUGAUGAAGGAAUGGUACUCUCUUCUGUGAUUUAUAUUCAACCCCCCCCACACACACACACUCUUCUCCCUCUUCCUCUCGCUGUGAUGCUGCACCUCUCCUCUCCCUUCUUAUUUGCUUCCUAAUUCUCUCUCUUACCUCCUUAGACAUAUAUGCUUACCUAGUCUAAAUGGGCUGUUAGGUCCCCUUUCUCUGCCAUUUAAGACUUACUGUCCUGAAUAUCCAGGAACCAGAAGCUUGAAUUUUGAUGUUGAGCCCUUCUAGACUAGAGUCAGUCAUUCCACACCACAGCGUGCCUCAUGCCACCCUCUCCAGCUCCAAUAUGGGAACCGGAGGACCUUAUCACCUGCCUUCCACACACUCGGCAGACACCCACACACCCACGUGGGCCUCUCCAGUAGCAGCAGCAGCAGUAGCAGCAGGUAGCUGCUUCGCCGCCGCUGUAGCUUUGGUGUUGCAGCUCUCUGUUGUUUCUUUUGCAGGCCCCAUUCUGGGGCUUCUCUGAGGGGACCCCUCUUAGUAGCCUCAUGCAUCUAUUAACUGUAUUUCUCUCUUUCUGGUUCAUCCCACCCUCAUCACCACGCUACUGUGAUCCCCAGCGGAGCGCAGUCUGUGCUUUAGUACUGCUGGUGCCAGAGGGUCGUUCACUCCUUGGAGCUGCGCGGCGGCGGAGGUCCAGCUUGCACCUCUGUAGCCAGCACAGGCCAGGGCAGCAGCGACCUGGAAUCCAGCGGGCCAUGCUGGUGCUACUGGACCAGGAUGGGAGGAGGUGCUCUACUGUCAGGGGAAGGAGACUCCCAGAUGCCGCCUGCUCCAACCCCCACCCCUCCCCGCCAGUGUUGCCUCGUCGUGUUUACUGCGAUUUCGCAUUCAUCUAUUCGUAAUUUUCCGAACUGGGGAUUCUUCCUGCUGUUUUCCCGGCAACUACUCUCUCCUUUGAGUUUCAUGAACCCGGCGCGCGCGCGUUUAUGUGUAUUAGGGUGGGGUGAUCUGUGUUUGCUUUUGGACGAUUUUGAGUAUUUUUCUGAGAAAGGUACACUUCAGGGGACUGCGUAUUUGCAGUAGUGGAUUCUCGAGCGAAUCUCCUCUAGUGAUUAAUCGUGAAACUUUUACCGCUUUCCUUUUUCUUCCAGCGCCCGGGCUUUCGUUCAUAGACUAGCACGCUAAAGGGUAAAGUAUUCACCCUUUAGAAAAGAGGGGACUAGAAAGCUCCAGUUGGAAGGACGGGAAACAGAGUCAUGUCUAACCUUUAAAAAGUGAAAACACGAACUCGAAGGGGCAUUUUUGCAUGAUGGCCCCUCCCCCUUCCACGCCUUUCACCCUCCACUGAGAUGCAGUGGGGAAUUCUCGAAGCUCCUCCAGCCCCUUCUGCUGGAGCUGGGUGAGUGAAAGAGCCCAGCCUGGUCCUCACCCCCUCCCCAUCCCCCACGAACCAAGCCGCUGUGAUGUCCUUGCUGUCGCCGCCGCCCCAUUCCGCCGCUCACCAGCCCUGGGGGCACCGGCUGUGCUCAGCUGCCCAGUCUCACCCAGGCUUCGAGCUUCCUGGAGGGUCAUGCAACCCGUAGCUAUGACUAAGACGCUCACUUGGUAACUCUGCCAUAUUCCUUAUCUUUCCCUUCCUUCCCUCCCCUCCCCCUUUAAACACCCCCGUGUUCCCCUCCACCACCCUUGAGCCCUCCCCCGCCCCCAGACGCCCACCCUUAGACUCCUUUUCCUGCAAGAUAUCAGAGGUGGCGCGCAGCCCGACGAGCCGAUGACGGACCCCUGCUUCCUGCCUUCAAUGCCUCAGCAGAAGACCCCCAAAAGCUGGAGAGAGGAGGGCUGCGGCUGGACAUCCUCCGGGCGACGCUGCUCGGACCCGGUGCUAGUGGUGGAUGAGACCGGUGACUGAACAAGUCCCUGCCUCUGCCUUCGCUGCCGCCUGCCCAGUCGUUGCCGUCGAUCGGGACCGGUCCCCACCUUGCGCCUUCUGCCUCUCACCCCAGAUCAGGUCCGGGCUUCGGGCGCCCCGGGGCUCGCCCGGCGCUUGCCGCCGCCCGCGCGCCGACUGCCCGCCGCGUCCUCCUGACAGCUGCGGCGGCGGUGAUGCAGAGGAGGAGGGCGCUGCCGGCGGCGGUGCUCAUGGUGGCGGUCGGCGUCCGGGUGUGAUGAGAGCGUCAUGGUGGAGAUGCUGGCUUCGAGGCGGUGAGAGAGCAAACGAGGGCGAGAGCCAGCCAAGGGCGGAAGACAGACCAGUUCUGAUGCUUUCUUUCCUCUGUCGCUUCCCCCCACUGUAUAUUACCCGUGGUUUGCAUAUUUGAAACCUCUGGACUCAAUCCUUUCCCUACCAUCGAAGUCUCCCCGUUUCUAAAUGGAAUUAGUGGAGAUCGGAGCCUCUGGUGUAACGCACAGACAUGAUCUAUGGACGCAGUUUGUUUCACAUUAUAGCAAGUUUAAUCAUCCUCCAUUCUUCUGGAGCAACCAAGAAAGGAACAGAAAAACAAAUCACCCCAGAAACACAGAAGUCAGUGCAGUGUGGAACGUGGACAAAACAUGCAGAGGGGGGUGUCUUUACCUCUCCCAAUUAUCCUGGCAAAUAUCCCCCAGACCGAGAAUGUGUCUACAUCAUAGAAGCUGCCCCAAGGCAAUGCAUUGAACUUUACUUUGAUGAAAAGUACUCAAUCGAACCAUCUUGGGAGUGCAAAUUUGAUCAUAUUGAAGUUCGAGAUGGACCCUUUGGCUUCUCUCCAAUAAUUGGAAGGUUCUGUGGACAACAGAAUCCACCUGUUAUAAAAUCUAGUGGAAGAUUUCUGUGGAUUAAAUUCUUUGCUGAUGGGGAGCUGGAGUCUAUGGGAUUUUCAGCUCGAUAUAAUUUCACACCUGAUCCCGACUUUAAGGACCUUGGAGUUUUGAAACCGUUGCCAGCGUGUGAGUUUGAGAUGGGCGGCCCGGAAGGAAUUGUGGAGUCCAUACAGAUUCUGAAGGAAGGCAAAGCUUCUGCCAGUGAAGCCGUGGAUUGCAAAUGGUACAUCCGAGCCCCACCACGAUCCAAGAUUUAUUUACGUUUCUUGGACUAUGAGAUGCAGAAUUCAAAUGAGUGCAAAAGAAACUUUGUGGCGGUCUAUGACGGAAGCAGCUCUGUGGAGGACUUGAAGGCCAAGUUCUGCAGCACGGUGGCUAAUGACGUCAUGCUGCGCACAGGCCUUGGGGUGAUCCGCAUGUGGGCAGACGAGGGCAGCCGCAACAGCAGGUUUCAGAUGCUCUUCACAUCUUUUCAAGAACCUCCCUGUGAAGGCAACACAUUCUUCUGCCACAGUAACAUGUGUAUUAACAACACACUAGUCUGCAAUGGGCUCCAGAACUGUGUAUAUCCCUGGGAUGAAAAUCACUGUAAAGAAAAGAGGAAAACCAGCCUGCUGGAUCAGCUGACCAACACCAGUGGGACGGUCAUUGGCGUGACUUCCUGCAUUGUGAUCAUCCUUAUUAUCGUUUCUGUCAUUGUACAGAUCAAACAGCCUCGUAAAAAAUACGUCCAAAGGAAGUCAGACUUUGACCAGACCGUUUUCCAGGAGGUGUUUGAGCCUCCUCACUAUGAGUUAUGCACGCUCAGAGGAACCGGAGCAACAGCUGACUUUGCAGAUGUGGCAGAAGACUUUGAAAAUUACCAUAAACUGCGAAGAUCAUCUUCCAAAUGCAUCCAUGACCAUCACUGUGGAUCACAACUGUCCAGCGCGAAAGGCAGUCGCAGUAACCUCAGCACAAGGGACGCUUCUAUCUUGGCAGAGAUACCCACGCAGCCAGUCAAGCCCCUCAUCCCACCCGUGAACAGAAGAAACAUCCUGGUCAUGAAACACAACUACUCACAAGAUGCCGCAGAUGCCUGUGACAUUGACGAGAUUGAGGAGGUUCCCACCACGAGCCACAGGCUAUCCAGACACGAAAAAUCCGUCCAGCGGUUCUGCCUCAUUGGGUCUCUAAGCAAACAUGAAUCUGAAUACAACACAACUAGGGUCUAACACGAAAAUCCAAGCUAAUCUCCUCAAAACUCCUCGAGCCUCCCAACUGUUCUUGAAUUAGGAGAAUGCAUUCCAUGCUCAGUCUGACCUUAAUAAGCUGGUGUGUUUGUCGCAUUUCUUUUCCCAUUGGGAGAAAAUGUUUUAACUGUGCUUUAUUUUCAGAGAAGAACUAUUUACACAAACAUGGGGACUGUGAAAAGAAAGUUCCGUAGUGAAUUGUGAAAAGUGGACAUAUUUCUAAAUUCAUUCCACUGCCUUUAUUCCAAACGUAAGAGUUACAGACAUGCGUUAUUCCUUCGGCAAGACUCCCUGCUGCCGCGCAAUGAUGUGUCCAUUUCCUAAUUCGGUUGCUGAUCACCAAGUGCUCCUUAGGUUUUCAAUACAUUCUGAGAUUUACGGAAACUUGAAGAAGAAAUUAGUUCCUGAUUGAGACUACCCCAGCUUUACGUUUAUUGUUGGUUUCGCAUUUGUUUAUAUGGUGUCUGUGUGUCUUUGUUAAAUGUUUGUACCUGUGUGAUCUUUGGGAAAAGGAAACAAAACUUUGGGUGAACUCCGUGUUAUACGUCCAUUGUUUUCAUUGCAUAGACUGCCUGAGAAUAGUCCCUGUGUGAUUUUUGAGCAAGCUGCAGUGAAAAACGCAAAUGUGGAUCAUGAAAGCAUCACCGAGAGGUUCUAUGGACUGUGCACACCUGCUGUUUCAUUAUAAUUAAAUUCAGUAAAAUGUAAUGAGUAAAAUCUACAUUGCAAUAAGACAAAUCUCUCUACCCCUCUCUCUGUCUUUCUCUUUGUCUUUCCCCCUUAUCGUUUCUGUGUAUCCCUGCUUUCCUUUCUGUUUUUACCAUGGAAAGAUACUGAGUUUCACAAAUGGCAUUUUGAAAUCAGGUAUUUUACCAUUCAAACUCUACAACAGAAUUUUGUUUGAUUAAGCACUUAGCAAUAUGACUGAACUGACAGUUUGAGAAAAAUACCCUGCAUGUCAGUACUGGAUAUUUAGGUUGGAAAAAAUGCCCUCUUUAUUAGACACAUUGUAAAAAGCAUGCAUUCUCAAAUACUGCUGUUACUGUUCCAUUUCUUUGUGUCAUAUGCUUGCUACUUGUAACUUUUAUAUAAAUAUAUAUAAAAUGUAUAAUAAUUUCCUAAUUUGAGUUAAGAGAAAUGUUUCUUCUCUUGAGAUAAAAAGAAGAGUUACUCAAGUACAUGAUUUAUUUCUCCCAACAUUCUCCACUCUCUAGAUUACCCGAUGCCAUUUGAUAUUGAGGCUUACUUCCCUAAAUAUUUGAUUUUUAACAUCUUAUGAAUAUCUUCUUUUAUAUUAAAUGUCUUUUUAAGUCAAUCCAUAAAAAUCAUAGACCCUUUUAUGAUUGAACUAAAACCAUUCUGAGUUACUUCCUACCUAUUAACACAUAUACCUGAAUGCUUAAUGGUUAUGAUGAGUUUCAUACAGAAAAAUUAAAGCCCUUAUAACAUACAGAAGUUCUGUUGAAUCACAUGCAUUCCCAUAAACAAUAAAUGAAUACCUAUUUACAUAAAAAAGUAAACUUAAAAAAAAUUAAAUUUAACAUUACAGUUACAGUACAUAUGCUCACUACCUUCAAAAUAGACAAAUUCUCAAUAAUAAAACCAGGACUUUCAAAUAAAAAAGAAAUCUGAUCAAAGACAAUGUUUGCCAGCAGCUGGAGCAGUAUUUACAAUCUAAAUGGAUAUUCCUUGUCAUAUGGCCCUUUUCAGGAGGCCAACCCAGUAUGUAUUACAAUAUAAAUUAAACAUCAACAAGUAAACAGAGAUAGAGUAAAUUGUAAAAAAAAAAAAAAAGAAAAAACUAACUAAAGAAAUAUAGCAAUUCUUAAAAUCAACUUACCUUGUGGAGUACUCACAGCACAUGGACAGGAGUACCCUGGGCCGACCUUUAAUCCCAGCUAUCUGAAGACACAGAAAGGCAAACCAUUUAACUAAACUAUAAACAAGUUCAGCAAGAGCCUCUUCCUUAGCAAACAGUGAAAACUGAAUGAAGAAGAUGGUCAGUGUCAACUUCUGACACACACACACACACACACACACACACACACACACACUUAUGUACACAAACACCAAAUAUAUUCUCAUAAAAAUUAGCAUAGAAAUUAAUUUGACAAAUUGUCCAAGAAGAAAAUGAACUGGCAUAAUGAUUAUUAUCUUUCUUUAACAUGAUAUAUACUAUAUAUAUAAUAUAUAUCUUAUGAUAAAAUUCAUCUUUAUCAUUUUGCUAACCAAAUUAUUACCACAUGUAAUGUGCCCAUUAAUUAAAAGUUGGAACUCCAAGAUAAUCAAUUAAAUUAGUUCUACUAUUUCAUCUCUUUAGGUGUUCUCAUUGGACAUUAUUGACCUUGAAUGAAGAAUCUCAAAGACUAUGUAUAAUAUACAUAUAUAUAUACAUAUAUGUGUGUGUGUAUAAAUACACACACACAUAUAUAUACAUAUAUACCUGAGUGUUUCAUUAUACAACAAUGAAGACAAUUAAGUGGAUAAAUCACCAGACACCUGCCAUGUAGGUUUACAUGUUUUUCUAAUUCUUUACAGAUCUAUAAAAUGUUAAUGAUCUGCUUAUUCUCUGCUUAAAUGUAUUUAAUGCCUCAAACCUACUAAACAGAUACCUUCUUUUUUGACAUCAAACUGAAUUAAGUAUAAAUUUAAGAAUAGAUGACUCACAUAUAGUGAUAUAGUCCAUGGGGAAAAUAAUCACUCUUCCAAGAUGGAUCUCCUUAUAUGUGAUGAUCAAUUAACUCAUAGGUAUUAACUUGUCCAGACAGGAGAUCACUGCCAAGAGUCCUUGAGGCCUGUGAUUAGCCCCAUUAGAGACACUAUCUUGUAAUAAAGAUGGAUCUUGUGAUGUGAGAGUCCAGAAAAGCUUUCAAAUAUAUUUUGGAGCUCCCUACAGGUGCCUUCAUAAAAUCCAAUAUUGAGAUUUUUGAAUAUUAAAAUUACCUAUUAAAUAACCACAUCAGACUGUUGCUUUAAUAUCAACCUUGGAAUGAUCUUAAAAAUUGGGUAGCACUUGUAGUGGAAAGAAGUGUUCAAAACCACCAAACAAGCUUAACAGUUAAUAUUUUUUUCACAAAGUGAAUUCCUAUAGACUAGCAUAAGAGCUAUAUUGAUUCGUUGAACUAUUUUCAAAUAUAUCACUAUGUCAAUUCAGUGAUUCAGCCUUUAGAAUCUUGGUGGCCUCCCACGUUUACAUGAAAUACCCAGGUCAGCCUGAGUUAAGCUUUGUAAUUCUCUCCAAGGGCAGUGCAGUUACUCAACACAAGGUUGAUGUUCUGACGUCUAAUUCUGAUCUUUUUCUGUACCCGUUUUUACACACAUGCAGAUUUUAUUCAUCAUUUCACAAAAGAGGCUUGAUAUUUGAUUUGUCACAACUUAAUGUCGUCAGAUAAUUAAAAUCCACUGUAAGCAUAACUGGAGAUCAAUGCCACAAAAUCUUUCAGGGAGAAUCAACCCUGUCCUAGAGAUGCUGAAUCUUUUGACCCUAUUAAGAAUAUUAGAUUGACAAUUCUGCCUCCCAACAUGAUGGUCUUCAACAUCAUGUGAAUAUUCUCUUAAGCCUUGUGUUAGCUUCGUCUGUACUUUCCCAAGAAAAGUCAAGAUUUUCUUACAUCACAGGCUUUGCUUCUUUUAUUUUUAGAUCAGGAAUUGAUUUCUCUGAAUUGAAAAUAUUAAAAUAAGGUAGAUAACAUUGUUCUGAGUCUCAUCACCUUCAAGCAGCAACAACAAACAAUGCAUUCCUUUUUUUGAUAGUCAAAUAAAUGAUACCAUGUAGUUUGAAUGAUAGUAACUCUAAAUUCUGGAAGGAGGUUAUUUAAAAUUCAUCUGAUUUAUGUAUUAAUAUAUUUAAAAUGCACAAGUUAUUUAAAAUUAGUCUUAAUCCUAAAUGGAUAUGAUAAUGGACAGUGAGUUUUCUCAUCUAAUGAGUACAAGGGUUAGUUGGUAUGCAUACUUUUCCUCCAUUAAACAGUUUUUAUUUUAAUCACAGCAUGAUGAGAAAGAUGCAGACAAGGUAACAUUACAUGGGUAAAAAGAAUACAGUAAAUGGAACUUGAGUUAAUUAGUUAUUCCUAUAUUUCUUUUAACAAGAUUGGAGAAAGAAAACUACAUAACAAAAACUAAGAAAAAAAAGAAAGAAAAAGAAAAAUUUAUUACUUAUACAACUCGAUAAUUCCCACACAACUUUUAAUUUAGAAUUGUAACUAAUCAUUUUGUAAUGAAUUUAAACUGUGUUAAAAUUUAUUUAGUUAAAUGGUAUUAUUUACGUCAACCCAAGAGAGAAGCAAAGGGAAGAAAUAUAAGUAAGUAAUGUCAAGAACACAAUUUAAGAUUUGCCCUGGGGCACCAGGUUAUGUGUUUUCUGUUGUUUUCCUAAAGAGGGGCAUGCCAGCCUCUAACAUCCCUUGAUUUCCUUGCAUCAGGAAACAAAUGCAAAAGCAAGCUUCAUCAAGCUUCCGUCAUUUGCUUGGAGCAUUUAGAGAAGUUCUUCCUUCCCGUGAACCGGCAUGAGCACACCAUCGCUUUUCUCUUUGGGAAUCAUAACAGUUGUGCAGCCAGCACAUUCUUUGUCCCUAUAGUUUUUUUUCUCUUCAAUUGCUGACCCAUGCUAUUUUCCAGCCACUCAUUGAAAAAUUGUUUGGGGGUGUCUCUUACUACUCACCGAUACUCAAAUGAAAAUUACAGCUGACCAGGACGUAUGAUGUGUAAGUUAUUUAAAAUAAAAUAUUCCUUUUAUAUUACAUUAUUAAAUUUGUAUUCUUUAUUCACUUUCCCUAGAGUUAAACUUAUAUAAAUAUCACUAGAUUUUUGGGGGUUAGGGGGUGUCUGCUCAAUUUAUAUAUCAAAUCCUCUUCUUCAGCACAUUGGGGGAAAGGAUAAUUAAUAGUGGAGACUGGUAGAGGAAUGGUGCUUAGAACUAUAGAAGGAGACACUCAUAAUAGUUUUUACCAUGUGACCCAUCUUGAAACACUAAUUAGAUUACCCUGGGUCCCUCUCAUUUGUAAAACACAAAACAUAAUUGACUAUUGAGCAAAUGAAAUAUAAAUGAUUUGGUAUAAUCAAGAUGUGAUAAGCUUAAAUAUGAUAAUAGCAUUUUCUUAGGAGCACCAGAUGAGCCCUAUAAAGUGUAGGCUUUCCCAAGAAGACAGUGAAAGAGACCAUUGCCAACAUGUGCAGGGAAACAUUUGUGUUUAUAGUCAUUAGGUCAUACACAGUUUGAGGACCAUUUACUUGAUGUGCAUGGUAAGUAAUGAAGGGUCACAGAAAAUAGAGUUCAUAGAGUAAACAGAGUUGGUACUGUGUUUCUGAGCGUACUUGGUGCUUUCUCAAGAGUUUGCCCUGUGUUCAAAGAUGAACGUGGUAUAUUUUGAGGUGAUGUGAAUGGAGACUUCUCUGAAGACAGUAUACUUACUAAGUAGAGUAAAGAGUCACACAUAUUAAAUUCAAUUAAUACAAUGGGUAAUAAGACAUUAAAGGUAACAGACGGUUGGAGAGGCAGGAGUAUGUCUUGCCAUUUUAUUUAAUUUCUACAGUAUGCUAACUCCGUGACUAUGGUUAACAAGGAAACAUACUGAGGUUCACAUGACAAAGUCCAUUCUCAGAGAUUUACGUUAAAUCUUUUCCUUGUAAACAAAAAAGUUUGAUUCUGUGAAUGAAACUACUGCAAAUAUUGUAUGUAAUUAGCUUUUGUGCAGUCAAGGAAAGUGAAGUAGUUUGUAACUUUUAUAAGACUCUGUAAGUGGUGAGCACAUUUCUUAUACUGAGCUGACUAAACUAGUGCAGUGUUUUCCACCACCGGGCAAAUAUAACUCUGUGAAUUAGUGUACUCCAUCAAGAGAAGUUGAGACAUAUCCAUAUUGCCCCAUAAUUUUGUGUUUACUCAUCUGUAAAAUGUGUACUAUAAAAUCUUCUUUUCAACUGAAAGUGUCACAACCAAAUGAUCAUGUACUGGGAGAUAUUUUUUAUAUUCUAUGAUGCAUUGUAAAAAUAAACCAUUUUUUCUAA